AUGUAUGUACAUAAAUUAAAAAAAGAAACGACGUCGGAAGUCAGAUAUAUUAAUGACGGUUGGCCGAACGACGUCGAAAUGAGAGAAUUAAAACCAUAUAUUAACAGAAAAAAUGAGUUGUACAUGGAACUAGGUUGUGUAAUGUUGGGACAUAGGGUCGUUAUUCCAGACUCUUGCAGGGAUAAAGUUAUUAAGGAGCUUCAUGAGGGGCAUAUGGGGGUAGUAAAAACGAAGGCGCUAGCUCGGAGCCAUGUGUGGUGGCCGGGCAUAGACGAGGCUGUAGAAGCAGCGUGCCGUGUCUGCACCGUGUGCGCAGCGGUAGCUGACACACCUUCGGCGUACGCACCGCGCUCAUGGUCAUGGCCAGACCGCCCAUGGACCAGGAUACACAUAGAUUUUUUGGGGCCGAUAGCGGGACAAACUUUCCUUAUUGUAAUUGAUGCUCAGUCAAAGUGGAUAGAGGCAAUUAAAAUGAAUAGCACUACAGCGAAAGCUGUUAUAAAGGAGUUGCGAGAAAUGUGGGCGAGAUUCGGUUUACCAAAACAAGUGGUCAGUGAUAACGGUCCUUCAUUUUUCAGUAACGAGUUCAGACAAUUUUUAAGUUCCAAUGGAAUAGAACAAAUUUUUUCAGCUCCAUAUCACCCGGCUUCGAAUGGGGCGGCGGAAAUUGCCGUUAAAAUGUGUAAACGUAAUAUUAAAAAAGCAAUUAAGUGUAGAACAGACAUACACACGUCUUUAUAUAGAUUCCUAUUAGCUUAUAGAAAUACACCACACUACACGACCGGUGAAAGUCCUGCAAAAAUGUGCAUAGGGUGUAAUUUACGCAUGCGUUUAGAUUGUUUGAAACCUGAUCAGAAAGAAUUAGUAAAAGCUCGGCAGAAGCGAGCAGAAACAUCAGCUGAGGGAGCGAUUAGACAAUUUGCGGCAGGUGAGAAGAUCUGGUUUAGAAACUAUCGCGGCGUUGAUAAGUGGACGGCGGGGACAAUAAUAGAGAGGACAGGUAGUACGGAUUACAAAGUCAGAUCUAUCACUGGAACCGAGGAACACAGACAUAUCGACCAACUAAAGCGAAGAGUGUCAAACGAAACCAAAAUAGUAAACUCAACACGUAAUAAUAAUCACAAUCGUAACAGUAACACAAUACGCGAAUCACCUGUAAAACGAUUCCGCCCUUUGCUAAUGUUUCCAGUAAACAACGACCAACAGUCUGACGCGCCAGUUAACAGACCAAGCGCGGCCGUACCGGAGGGCGCAUCGCCAAACCCAACCGACGACACUGACACUGUAUUAACGGAUACUUCGCCAACGUCUAACGUGUCCAAUGUGCAGGAAAUAGAUAAUCAUGGCUCGAACAACAAUGUCACUAAUGAAUCGCGUGGUUUUCGCCGUGUAUGUAAACCAGUCAGACGAUAUGGUAUAGAUGAUUGUUACAAGUAA